AUGAAAGAUGCAAACCAGACCCGAAAAUCAAAGCAGGGCCCAUCUGCCAGUCGGCCAAAUAUAGUGCCGGGUUCUGAUACUUCGGCUGGAGCGCAGAUAGACUCCACGGAGACGGUUUCAGGAAGUGGAUCUGCUCAUAAAGUGCCCAAGAAACGCACCAAAACAGGGUGCUUAACCUGCAGGCAACGUCGCGUAAAAUGCGGAGAAGAGAAGCCCAUCUGCCAUAAUUGUAUCAAGUCGAAACGCGAAUGCAAGGGCUAUGCACCACGUCUGGUUUUCAAAGACCCGCUGGGAAUAACUGGCACCAUCACCUCGCAACAGACGACUUUCGGUACACAGCCAUUGCCUGUACCACCUCUUAGUGAGGACAUCAACCAUGUCCUUCCUCAGCAAGCCAGGUCUGGCCAACCCUCCCUGGCCCCCAAGCCCGCUGCGCCUCAUAUAUUCCAGGGCCCCAGCACGGCCUCAGCUCAAGGGCAAACACAUGAACAUGCAAUGAUCUAUGGACCAUCAGACACAUUAGCCUUCUUGGACCAACAACGUUCGGCCGGAUUGGAAAUGGGAUAUCGGGCCGAUACAGGCACAGCUCAUCAACAGGGUUCGUCCUGGAUGCCCGGCGCGGGUCUACCUCGCUCAGCAUUCUUCCAAGGGCGAUAUUACGCCGAGGAAGAUGGUGAAGAUGACUAUUACGACGUGGAAUCUGACGAGGAGUUUCACGAGCAAACCCUUGUGCAAGAUUACAAUCAACUGAGCCUCAUCAUGGCAUCUGCCAAUCGCGAUCAACAGCAGCUUCGCUCAUUUACCACGUACUUGAAUGAGCCAAACAUCCUUACCUCUUAUCUCCCAACCUAUGGCUCCUCUCCCUUGAACAACCCAAAGACAGCUCGGAUAUUUCUGCACUUUAUUCAUUCCACCGGGCCGAUUCUAUCCGUCUUCGAACGGCAUCCUAUUGACCCUUCCACCAUGCUGGGCGCCCCAGUCCCACUGGCACAACAAGGGCUCUGGACUUACACACUUCCCCUAAAAGCCUUGGAGAAUCAUGCUCUAUUACAGGCCAUUCUUGCCCUGAGCAGCUUACAUAUCUCCUAUCUGCAACAAGCUCCACCAACCGUUUCCCUGAAACAUUACCACUAUGCGCUUAGAAGAGUCAGCGUCGCAGUUGGUCUGCCCAUGCGACGUAAGCAGAUCGCCACUCUAGCUGCCACGCUCCUGCUAGGCUACUACGAAGUGAUGGGGGCGGAUCAUACCAAGUGGAACAGUCAUAUUGCAGGGUCGGCUCAGUUGGUGCGCGAGAUUGACUUUGCCGGCAUGGCCCGUGGGCUACGAGCUCAACGACGCAGAGUCUGGGCUCAGCGGCAACAAAUGGAACCAUCAAGGCUGUCACUGGAAGGAUCCUUUUUAUUCGGCGAUACAGCCUCUGAAGAUGACCCAUUCGCAGAAAAGGAAAGAAACAUCAACGACAAUUUCAUAGGAAGCCUUAUCGGCCGAGCCGUGAGUUACGAUGAGUUUGGGCAUAUUGACGAUGGCCAAGGCCGUCCUCGCCAUUACAAACAUUUUACUCGAAAGGAUAUUGAAAACUACCGGAUACAGUGCGAUCUUUAUUGGUGGUAUUUACAGCAGGAUGUCAUGCAAAGUAUUAUCAGUGGUGGCCCAUUGUUCAUGCCGUACUCCCAAUGGGGCCAGUGCCCUCCGCGUGCGGGAAUGGGUCGAUUGGACGCUAUAUACGGCUCUGCGGAUCACUUAUGGCUCUUGCUCGGUCGACUAGCGGACUUUGGCGUUCGUGACAGAAAGAGAAAGUUGAAGACAGCAAAGGUUACGGGAUCAGAAUGGCGGCCGGACUCUAGGGUUGCUGCUUUCAUGGCUCGCUUCACAACUAGACACCGUGGACAGCAGGAAGGGCCACCGGUCGGUGGCCCUGUACGGCCUCCUCCUGGCACACGACCAACUGUUCCGCCGUUCUACGGCAUGGCUCCGUAUCAUGGACCAAGACCCCCUCCGCCUGCCUUUGUCGAGUUCCCUGUCCCUAGCAACUAUGAUGAUGAGAGCAUCGCGGACACGUCGUAUAACGACGCUGAGGGUGAGUGGGAAAGUAUCCUAGGAGCAUUCGAGGCUUUCGAACAGGCUCUUGGUCCUUAUUUCAAGCCUCUGCCUCCCGACAGUAUGCCCCCAAUAUCGACGCCUUUCGGCCCGGCCCUACAGUACCGGACACAUACUAUAGCUGUUCUUUGGGGCUUUUACUUUACCGGUCGCAUUGUACUACAUAGGCUGCACCCAUCGAUGCCUCCCGCCAUGAUGGUAUCUGCAAAGGUCGUGGCGUCGACCACAGCGAGACACACCCAAAUACUUGGGAGAAUCGCCGCCGGCAUCUAUGACUCUCAGACAUUCCAUCCGGGAACAGGGAGCCUUAGCCCGACCCUCGGAUCUUGUCUUAUCAAGAUGAGCGUGCCAAUCUUCUUCUCCGCAAUCCAGUACACAGAUUCCGCCCAACGAGAUUGGGUCAUCACAAGGAUGCACAACCUUGCGCAAAAGAGUGGCUGGCAGUCGUCCAACACCAUGGCCAGCAGUUGUGAAAAUGCAUGGAUAGUUGCUGCAAAACAAGGUCGUGGACCUCCUUACGAACGGAAAGACACGAUUGGGUACCAGCCCGCCUCAACGUGGACACCACCCACUGAAGGGAGUGUCUUGAAUGACCCCAGCGAAAGACGGUUCGUCACCAUCGCCAAAAACCCAUCCGAAAUGGGCUGGGCAAUGGGGCUCCUGAGCCUGGAAGAUGAUGUAAUAAACCUAGAGAUCGAAGAUCGGGUAUGA